AUGCGACCUGACAUUCGGCAAGGUGAACUAGGCUCGCCUUCGGCGCACCUCUCCGCCUUUGGCUGGAUUCUGACCGGCGCGGUGGAUUCCGGGGAGAAAGCUGCGUUCGCUGCGCACACGGUGUCGGUGCUGCUGGCACAGCCCGUUGAUGAGCUCACAACAGUUCUUAAGCGACUAUGGGAGCUUGAAGAGGUUGCCGCUCAGCGCGUUCCGACUCCGGAUGAGGAUCAAGCGGAGGAGCACUUCCAACGGACGCACUUUCGGGACGCGUCGGGCCGAUACGUCGUACGGCUGCCCUGUCGUCCGGAUCGACUUAAGCGGCUGGGCGAGUCACGCUCGGCCGCGCUGUCUAUGCUGCUCAGCUCGGAGCGCCGCUUGGCGAGGAAGCCCGAGCUGCAGAAACGAUACAUCGACUUUAUGGUGGAGUAUCUCGCGCUGGAUCAUAUGAAUCCCGUACUGGCUGAUGCUCCUUCCCGGUCGGUGUCUUACUACUUGCCUCACCACGCAGUCUUCAGGGCUGGAGAGGCCACAGGGAAAAUACGCGUUGUUUUUAAUGCAUCCUUUAAAACAACAUCUGGUUAUUCGCUGAAUGACUGUUUGUUACCAGGUCCUCGAUUACAGUCCGACCUAUGGGUCAUCCUGACUCGAUGGCAAGGGUUCAAGGUCGGAUUCAUGGCCGAUAUAGUUAAGAUGUUCCGGCAGAUCCGAGUAAACCCGGCAGACAUGGACUUGCAGAGGAUACUCUGGCGUGCCGACCCAACGGAGCGAGUUCGUGAGUUCCAGCUCCGGACGGUGACUUACGGUACAACCGCGGCGCCCUUCCUGGCUAUACGCACGCUGCAGCAGUUGGCCAACGACGAGGCUGCGCGUUUUCCACUGGGAGCGACGGCCUUGUUGCGACAUUCUUAUGUCGACGACAUCUUAGCUGGAGGAAGCGAUCUGUCGGCGACCCGGGAGAUCCAGCGCCAGCUAGUGGCACUGCUGCGGGCUGGAGGGUUCUCGCUGGACAAGUGGGCCUCGAACACGCGGGAGCUUCUCCCGCGGGCGUCACCGGAGGAGGCAUUGCUGCCAGCCUUUGACGCAGUAAGCGCUCUCGGGAUAGUGUGGCAUCUUGAUGAAGACGCACUGUCAGUCCGUGUGACAGUAUCCCAGCAACACGAAACCACCACGAAGCGGACGGUCCUGUCUGACGCGGCUCGCUUGUUUGACCCGCUGGGGUGGGUCGCACCUGUUCUAAUAUUCGCCCGGGUCUUCAUGCAGGAUCUGUGGCUUGCCAGCCACGACUGGGACGACCCGCUUCCCCUUGAGUUGGCGGACGCUUGGAGAGUCUUCACUGCUUCCCUGCCGGGACUGUCGGCUUUGAGAGUCCCACGCUGGCUGCAGCGUGACCCGGGGGACGAGGUGGAGCUCCGUGGGUUCUCCGAUGCAUCGGAGAGAGCCUACGCGGCGGCGGUCUACGCUCGGGUCACCAGGCGAGACGGCCGGGUAAGGGUGACCUUGCUGACGGCCAGAGCCAAGGUGGCUCCCGUCAAGACGCAGAGCGUGCCCCGCUUGGAGCUCUGCGGGGCUGUCCUGGUGGCACGGCUGCUCCGCCGGGUGGCGCGCGAGCUGGACAUGGAGGAUGCACCGAUCGUGGCCUGGACAGAUGCGAGGGUCGUCCUGUGCUGGUUGCGCUCUCAUGCGUCGCGCUGGCGACCAUUUGUAGCGCAUCGAGUGACGGAGGUGCAAAAUCUUGUGCCGGGCGAGCGAUGGAGGCAUGUCCCCACGACUUCCAAUCCAGCAGACCUGGCAACCAGGGGGAUUCCGGUCUCGGAGCUCCUUGGACUGGACCUGUGGUGGAGGGGUCCUGAGUGGCUGCGGGGACCACCCGCCUCAUGGCCCGCGGUGGGUGACCUUGCCACUCGCCAAGAAGAAGAGGAAAGAAGGGCGGUGCAUUUAGCCGCUCCAGGAAAUAAGGAGGACCUCCUCGAGGAGAGGUUCUCGUCGCUGACGCGGCUUAGAAGAGAGUUUCCGGGGGACUUGGAGGCGCUUACGGCGGGCGGCCCGCUGCCGACCGGUUCGUCGCUGCGAGCCUUGAGUCCGUUCCUGGACAAGGAUGGAUCCUUGCGAGUGGGCGGUAGACUUCAAUCCGCUCAGCUGCCCUUCCCGGAGAAGCACCCUCUGAUUCUUCCAAAGGAGGGUUCUCUCACCGAGCUGGUCCUUCGCAACGCGCACACCGCUACCUUGCAUGGGGGCCCUCAACUCAUGCGGAGCUAUCUCCUCCGCCGGUUCUGGGUCGUGGGGGUGGCCACUCGAGUGCGAAGGAUCGCCCGAGAGUGCGUGCGCUGUGCCCGUUGCCGUGCGGAAACGGCACAACAGAGGAUGGGCCAGCUGCCUCCCGAACGCGUGCGUCCCUCCAGGCCCUUUGCAUCGGCGGGAGUCGACUACGCCGGUCCCCUGCGUAUCCGGGCUCACAAGGGACGAGGAAACAUCUCUAGCAAGGGCUAUAUCUGUCUCUUUGUUUGUCUAGCCACCCGAGCGGUUCACCUGGAGUCCGUGUCGGACCUGUCGGCGUCGGCUUUCAUUGCGGCGUUCCGCCGAUUCACAGCGCGUCGGGGUCGUUGUCGCCUGCUGCUUAGCGAUAAUGCCACCAACUUUCGAGGAGCUGACGCUGAACUGAGGGCUAGAUUUCGGGCCGCCUCUGAAUUCUAUAAGGAGGCCGGCGAGGUGCUGGCCAACGACGGGACCGAAUGGAGGUUCAUUCCGCCUCAGGCUCCUCACUUUGGGGGACUCUGGGAAGCGGGAGUUCGUUCGGUCAAGCAUCACCUGCGCCGCGUCAUCGGGGAUCAUGCCCUGACCUAUGAGGAGACGGCGACACUGUUGUGUCAGAUUGAGGCCUGUCUCAAUUCAAGGCCGCUAAGUCCAUUGAGCACGGACGCGGCGGAUCUGGUGGCGUUAACGCCUGGCCACUUCCUGGUGGGUGAGGCGCUCGGGAAUAUACCGGAGGUCCCCGAGUCCGAUCUUCAUCCCACGUCGCGCUGGCGGUUGAUCUCCGCAAUCAAGGAAUCCUUUUGGAGGCGGUGGCACGAGGAGUAUCUGCAUCUGUUGCAGCAGCGCUCCAAAUGGACCCUAGAGCGGACCAACCUCACGCCGGGCAUGAUGGUCUUGGUGAGGGACGAGCUGCUGCCGCCUACUAAGUGGCCAUUGGCUCGGGUUACACGAGUCUUUCCGGGACCGGACGGAUGCGUGCGCGUGGCGACGGUCCGCACGGCGGCGACCGAGCUGACACGGCCGAUCACCAAGAUCUGUCCUCUUCCACUCACCACGGAUCGGCGCCCUCUCGGGGGGCUUGACCAAGCCACCUGA